AUGGGGGAGCUGUGUGGGCAUAAGAGCCUCCACAUUCUUCCCCCUCGAAAUCUCCCCACCUCCCACCUCUUUUAUCAGCUGCUGACAAGACUUGCCAUGUGUGUAGGCGGCUCCCAAGCUUCCAAGAUGAUUCCCCCCCCACCUCCCAUCCGUGAGAGGAGCGCUCAGGAUUUCGGGGAGGGGGAGUGCAGCGUUCCUCCGGCUGCCGGCCAGGGAGGAGAGCAACAGGCAGGCUGGGAACGGCACUGGGCAGAGUGGGGUGGCUCCAACCGGUGUCUGGACAAAGCUUUCUCCCUGGAAGCCUUCCUGGGGGUACGGCGCUUUCAGGCAGCUUUAAAAGUCGUCUGUGCCAAAUCCAGCGAGGUCGGAAAGGCCUGGCUGCAGUUUGCCUGGGCCCUCAGCAGUGUCCACGGCCCUGAGCCGGAGCAGCCUCCCCCGGUGGCUCUGUUUUCAUUCCCGCUCGUCUCCUCCCCGCGCAGGUACGCGGUGAUCGCCUACGGCUGCGCCAGCUGCCCCAAGCUGACCUGCGAGAGGGACGGCUGCCAGACAGAGUUCUGCUACCACUGCAAGCAGAUCUGGCACCCCAACCAAACCUGCGACAUGGCCCGGCAGCAGCGGGCGCAGACCCUGCGGGUACGGACCAAGCACACCUCGGGGCUCAGCUACGGCCAGGAGUCCGGCCCAGCUGAUGACAUCAAGCCGUGCCCUCGCUGCAGCGCUUACAUCAUCAAGAUGAACGAUGGCAGCUGCAACCACAUGACGUGUGCUGUGUGUGGCUGCGAGUUCUGCUGGCUCUGCAUGAAGGAGAUCUCAGAUCUGCAUUACCUCAGCCCCUCUGGCUGUACAUUCUGGGGAAAAAAGCCAUGGAGUCGUAAAAAGAAGAUUCUCUGGCAGCUGGGCACGUUGAUUGGAGCUCCUGUGGGCAUUUCCCUCAUUGCUGGCAUUGCCAUUCCUGCCAUGGUCAUUGGCAUCCCUGUGUAUGUGGGGAGGAAGAUCCACAGCAGGUACGAGGGGAAGAAAACCUCCAAGCACAAGAGGAACUUGGCCAUUACUGGUGGGGUCACCUUGUCUGUCAUUGCCUCCCCAGUCAUUGCUGCUGUCAGUGUUGGAAUUGGGGUCCCCAUCAUGCUGGCCUACGUCUAUGGGGUCGUGCCCAUCUCGCUGUGCCGGGGUGGUGGCUGUGGGGUCAGCACAGCCAAUGGAAAGGGGGUGAAAAUCGAGUUUGAUGAAGAUGAUGGACCCAUCACAGUGGCCGAUGCCUGGAGAGCCCUGAAGAACCCCAGCAUUGGGGAGAGCAGCAUUGAGGGGCUGACCAGUGUGCUGAGCACCAGUGGCAGCCCCACAGACGGGCUCAGUGUCAUCCAGGGCAACUACAGCGAGACCGCCAGCUUCGCCGCCCUGUCCGGGGGCACCCUGAGCGGGGGGGUCCUCUCGGGGAGCAAGGGCAAGUACAGCAGGCUGGAAGUGCAGGCAGAUGUGCAGAAGGAGAUUUUCCCCAAAGACUCGGUGAGUUUGGGGGCGAUCAGCGACAACGCCAGCACCCGAGCCAUGGCUGGUUCCAUCAUCAGCUCCUACAACCCCCAGGACAGGGAGUGCAAUAACAUGGAGAUCCAGGUGGACAUCGAAGCCAAACCCAGUCACUACCAGCUGACCAGCGGCAGCAGCACCGAGGAUUCCCUGCACGUCCACACCCAGAUGGCAGAGAACGAGGAAGAGGAGGAGGAGGAGGAGGAAGAGGAGGAGCAGGAGCAGAGGUGCAAACACCAAAGCUGUGAGCAGAAGGACUGCAUUGCCAGCCAGACGUGGGACAUCAGCCUGGCCCAGCCCGAGAGCAUCCGCAGCGACCUGGAGAGCUCGGACAGCCAGUCGGACGGCGUGCCCGACAUCCCCUCGGACGAGUGCGAGUCCCCCCUCUGUCAGACUGCAGCAGGCUGCCCACACACCCCCAGGGCAAGAGGUGCCCAGAGCCCAAGUGCCCACCUGAGCCACUGUGCCCAAGCCGAGGGCUGCAGGCUGGAUGAGAUGCUCCAGCUGGAAUGCAUCGAAGCCAGAGUGUGAGCUCAGCACACUCCCUGUCACUGCAGCUUCUGGGCCAGGGUUGUGUCCCUGUUGGCUUCUGUUUGCCAUCCUCCAGUUGGCUCCCCCAGCCUUGCCUCGGGGAGUUGCUGUUUCUUACAUGACAGAAAAAAAAUCCCAACAAAGGAAAAAAAA